AUGCCCAACACAUUGAACAGGAAUGCACUUUCAAGACAACCUAGUAAUCGGAUACGCGAUUCACAAAAUCCUGAUCGAACAAUUUCAAUAGACGUUUCAUCACGAUUGCACCUCCUGUUUAAUGUAAGAGAAGGCAUGGUAGUCAAAAGUCGUCAAGGAAGCGUUUUAACGCGAGGAUUGGUUUUGAAGACGGACUUUUUCGCCGGUUUAAAGAGACCGGAUAUGGGUGUUCUAUUACAAGGUGCUCCCAAUUUCAGACAAGCAGAUGUACCUGGCUUACAAGUAUAUGGUGUUGCUCAACCAACGGUGAUGGGAUUAAAGACAAUCUUGAGCGUGUUGCAAUGUGCACCUAACCGUAAUGAUUCAAUGGCAGGUGAACGUGGAAGAAGUUUGAUGAACGUUUCACGUAAUGCAAACAUGACCGAUAGAGCUGCAUCAAGUUCUCCGGGCAGGAAAGGAUCUCGAACAAGAACAGAUGACGUUGCUGCUGCUGCCUCCGAUGCACUAAGGGCAAACGUUGGCGUUAAACAAAGGAGAUGCGUUUGGGCAUGUACUCGUAACGAACCUGUGAUUUAUGUUGGUGGAAGACCUUUUGUGCUUAGAGAGGCAGAUGCUCCGUUGGAAAACUUUCAACUAAGUGAACGUGCGAGCAAUUUGGAAUCGAUCGAACAAAGACUUAAAGCAGACAUUCUGAGGGAGUCACAACGGUACGGUAAUUUGCUACUUGUUCACGAGGAAGAAGAAAGCGGUAAUCUUCGACCUUCCUGGGUUGCUGUUGAUGCUGGUGAAGUCAAAACGGUUCGGGAGGUAUGGGAUGAUAUUCGAGCUGAGGGAUGGAGAUGCGAUUACCAUAGAAUUCCAAUCGCAGAAGAUCAACCGAUGGAAAACAAUUAUCUAGAUGCCUAUACGCAAAUCAUCAAAGAGAUAGAUCCGAUCAAUACUGCCUUCGUGGCAAACUGUGGUCUUGGAGUACGAAGAACGUCAUUUGCAAUGGUGGCAGCUGUUUUGGUCAGGAGAAGACAGAUGAUUUUGCAAGGGUAUGGAGAUCCAAUGCAAAUUCAUAAACCAUCAAAAGCAUCUGCGGAAACACAAAGAAAAGCUUCCGGAUCUCCGGCAAUAGGUGUUGCCAAAUCCUUACAAGCUGCCAGUCAACAAAAGUCAGAAGAGCAGUCCACUUUGCAAGUAGUCAAAGCUUUGAGUGCUAGUUUGGCAGAAGUUGGAGGAUCGCAAGCCGCGAUUGACGUCUUAUUGGAUCAGCCAAUGCUGCUCAAUGCAUUAAAGAAUGCAAAAGAAGGAAACUAUGGUGUCAUUGGUCAAUUGAUCGGUCUAUUGGAUCAUGGAGAUGAUAACAAAAAGGCUGUCGAUCUGGCAAUUGACGCUUGUUCUCAUGUGAUCAACCUUCGUCAUUCAAUUUUGGAAAGUCGUGUUCGGUAUUCGAUCGCUGCGCCUGAUCAAGAAAAACGAACGAAUCAAACUAACGAUGCCCGUAAUUGGAUUCGUAGAGCAGUUCAUGCUUUGGAACAAUACUACUUCUUGGUCACAUUUGCAAGUUACGUUGAAGGAAGUGAAACAGCCAUCUUUGAACAUCGAUUUGCUACGUGGCUACGGAAUCGCGCAGAGAUCUGGCAUACCAUUUCAAAGAUUCGCUCAAAAGGAGAUCAGCUGUACUUCUUUGAUCCUAUUGCUGACUUGAGCGCUUUGAGCCGCAGUACGACCAACCAAGACGCAAAAGGUGAUUCAAGCUUGAUUCGUAGAAAUGACACAGACCCUCAUUUGGUUCCCGGAGACGAAUUUGCUGAUCAUGUUGUACGCAAUCGUACAGGUUUGGUAUUACGACCACAUAUGUUACUCAAAGAAGAUGUUUGGCGUAGUCUGGCUUUGAAUGAUGCAACCGUACGAAGAGGUGUACGGGGAGCACUGAAUUUCCGACGAAUUCCUAAUACCAACAUUUACGCAACUGGUCAGCCAACGGUUGAUGGUAUUUACAAUAUCCUCAAUAGCAUUUACGAAGAGCUUUCUCCAAAGAAUGAUCAAGGUCCUCUGCAAGUGACUUAUAUCAAUUUAAGAGAAGAGCCAAUCUGUCAUGUGAACGGAAAACCGUACUGUCUUCGACAAAAAGGGAUGAGUCUACGCAACAUCAAGAGUUAUUCCGGUAUCAGUUGGUCCCGCUUGGCAUUGCUGGAAGAUCGAUUGAAGAAUGAUGUGCUUACAGAAUUGAUUCAUGGCGAUGGACGCCUCUUGUUGCAUACAGAAACAGAGGAAGGUGGAGUAGUACCGAUCUGGGAAGAAGCAAGUCCAGACGAUAUUCAAACGUUGCAAGAUGUGAUGUCACACAUCACAAGAGAGUUGGAUGAUGCUGGCUCUCCUUUAAUUUCUGAUGGAUUGAAUAAUGAUCAUCAAAUCAAUCGAGAAAAACGGUCUGGCUUGCCGAAUGUGCAUUUGAUUUAUCGUCGUCAACCUAUUACGGCAGAAAAGCCACCGCAUUUUGAGGAUAUUGCUGCUUUGACACGUGCUGUGUUGCGUUCUGAAACCCAAGCAAAUGCUUGUAUCGUGCUCAAUUGUCAACUUGGACGUGGUCGAUCAACUUUGAUUUCGAUCUUGGCAUUGUUGGUUUCACGUUGGCUCAAGCGUUUCACGCAAGACCAUCCACAACCUCAAGAGAAGCCUGCUCUGACAGCAGCUCAGACUCAGCCGCUUAUUCGAAGACCUUUGACCUAUCACCUCAUCAACAGCCUCUUGCGCGUAAUUCCUCAUGGUCUUGAGGUGAAGCAAAAGGUGGACGAUGCAAUCGAUCAAUGUUCAGGUGUGGUAAACCUACGUGAUUCGAUCGAAGAUGCACGUAUUGCAGCUGAACAAGCGGAAGAUGAAAGUGUACGACAUGAAAAGAUUCAACAUGGAGUAAACAAUUUCAGAAGGUAUUUCCAAUUGAUCGUCUUUCAAGCAUAUCUUGAUGCUACACCACCUGUCAAACUGGAUUCUAUGCCCACUUUUGAAGAAUUUGUACGCGACCAACCUGUUUUGUCAACGUUCUGGGCCGACACUGACAAGGUUGACAUUUCUACCAUCACGCCUUUGCAAAAAGUUGACAAUAAAUCGGCUGGUCAAGCAUUGAACGAAGAAGUUCAAGAAGUUGUUUCAAACAGAAGUGGAUCUGUCUUGAGUGCUUAUACAAUGCUAAAGAGUGACAUGUUCCCAGGUCUGGCAGCACAAGCACUUUCACAGAUCGAAGGAAUUCCGAAUCUUCGUGGUGUGAAUGCAGUCUUGGUGAAUGAUGCAUCCCACAGUACACCCACAACACCCUGGAGCGGACCAACACCUCCUACGCAAUUGUCAUAUUUCAUGGAAACUUGGGGACACGGUAUGCCUUCAGUAACAGGAUUACGCAAAGGACUCGAACGAAUUGGAGCAGGACCAAAAGGUGAUUUGGAAGUGAUUGCAACCUCAUUGCGAGAAGAAGCCGUUUGCGUGAUUAAUGGAAGACCACACGUUUUGCGUUUAGCAGAUCAACCAUUUACCAAUGUAGAAACGACUGGAAUUAGUACAGAAGCUGUCGAACGUAUGGAACAAUCGUUAAAACAAGACGUCAUCAAAGAGAUCCGGAAAUACAAAGGUAGAAUCCUUUUACACGAUGAAACCGUAAACGAGUCAACAGGUAAAUUUGAACUUUUCCCGAUCUGGGAAGAAGUGAAAGAAGAAGAUGUUUUGACACCAAAAGAGAUGUAUCAAAUGGUUCAUCAAGAAGGCUACCAAGUACAUUAUGCUCGUGUUGCCGUUACCGAUGAACAAGCUCCAAUUCCUGCUGUUUUCCAUGAAAUGGAAGAACGUGUUUUGACUGCUUUACGCAAGGGUGCUGCAUGCGUUUGGAAUUGUCAAAUGGGACGUGGAAGAACUACGACUGGAAUGGUGAUCGCUGCCCUGGUUUCGACGAUUGCACAAAGAGGUCAUGAAAUCUUUUCUUCUACUGAUAUGAGCGCAAGCAUUUCAAAUCAAUGGAACAGUGGAGGUGGUGGUAAUAGUCAUGAUUUCGGAAGCGCAAGUAUUAUUUCAUCUUUCUCAAAUGAUGACAAUCAAGAGAGUAAUGAUGAUCGUCAAGAUUCUUUAUGGCUUAAAGGUGAAUACCGUACGGUCUUGCAGAUCGUCGCAAUCCUCAAACACGGCAAAUUGGCAAAGAGGAUGACCGAUCAUGCGAUUGAUCGAAUGGAAGCCGUUCAAAACUUACGAAAAGCUAUUUAUGAUUCCAAGAUCAGAGCGGCAAAUACAGAUGCCGGAUCAAGUAGAAGGUCUCAUAUGGAUCGUGUUUAUCGUAAUUACUUGGAACGAUAUGCAUAUUUGAUUAUUUUUGCAAAUUAUUUGCUCGAAAAAGCACAAGCUAUGAUUGAAGCAGGCACAGCUUACGCAUCUGCCCAUGAUGGUCAUGCACACAAGGCAAACGGCCACAAUGAUUUGCGAUUCACUUCAAUCGACGGAGGAGAAGAUGAAUCUGUGGAUGAUGAUGAAGAGUCAAGUGUGGUAUCAGCUUCACCGUCGACACUUUCGCGUGUUUCAGCAAGUACAACCAGCUUGUUUGCCCGACAAGAUAAUCGUCGUGUCUUCCCAACCUUCAUCUCUUGGUUAGAGCCACGAAGAGAGAUUUCUGCAAUUUUGAAUAAACAAGUGCUAGAAUAA